CAAAGGCAUAUAUAUUGGAGUCGUGUGCAGGUCCUCAUUUCUGCAAGACUGAUAGUCGUGAGCUUCCGGAGACUACAAGAUCAGAAUUAUAAAUUAGAAGUCGACAGUUAAUUUUGGAGAAAAUCCCUCCUUCCCUUCCUUCCAGCUUCGAUCAGAAAGUAAAGAAAAAAUGGCAGAACGUCGGGAUGUUGAAGAGUUAGAUAAGCUUUCAGAAUUGUACAAAGCUGUUCGAGACGGUGAUUUCCAUAAGACGGGAGAGAUUCUUAUGUCUCUACUCGACAAUACAGUGAAUUGGGAAAUCCCAGAUAAAGGCCAAACAGUUCUUCACACUGCUGUUACAUAUGGACACGAGGAUAUAGUGGAGGUGUUGGUGAUGAAAAUGUCGAACGAAGGCUUGGCCAAGUAUGAUAGUCAUGGUUACACAGCUCUAAGCAAGGCAGCUGUGCUUGGAAAACAACAAAUGGUGGACUGCAUGCUUCAGAAGUACUCUGGCUUGAUUAGCAUUAAACAUCGCAUAGGGGACCAUCUUCCAGUUGUUAUGGCUAUUGACUUUGGGCAAAUAGAAAUGGCGCGCCAUUUGUAUCAUCGUACUCUACAAGAAAAUAAUUUAAUUCCACAGGAUAAUGAUCAGGAGAUUCAAGACCACAAUGGUGCUACACUUUUUACCCGUGCCAUCUAUAUCGGGACUUUGGAUAUUGCUUUGGAUUUAAUCCAACGCUGCCCACGUUUGGCACUGGCUCUUGACAAGGAUGACGAGUCUCCCAUCUUAGCAUUGGCCUCUAUGCGUCAUUCCGUCCCAAGUAAAACUCAGCUCGGGUUUUGGAAGCAACACAUCUACUCCUGUAUGCGCAUUCCACCUGUAUCUCUGACCGGCAGUGAGACUCGGUUGAACAUUUCAACCGGAGAUCAACACCAAAGCAAUCAAGAAGAUCAUCAAAAUAUCAUAUCAGUACUGUUAAGAAGUUGUGCCGCAGGAGUCCUCAACUUCUUUGGAAUCACGCUGUUGUUCGAAAUGAAGAAGAUCCAUGACCCGUACAUUGAACUUCUUUCUCUCAUGUCUGAAGAGAUAUCAAACUCAAAGCCUCAGAAACUUAAAGAUGGCCUGGUUCAUUCUGCCAUUUGCCAAGCUACCAAGAACGGGAUAUUCGAGUUUGUUUCUAAGAUGCUUAAAACGGAUCUAGAAUUUAUAACGGUCCGAGAUGAAGAUGACAGAAACUUAUUUAUGCUUGCCGUCUUGCAUCGUCACGAAAAAAUCUUUAGCAUUCUAUACUCCCAAGAUAUGAUGAUGAACUACUACUCCUUCAUGAAAUGUUUACUAGAUGUCGAUGGAAAUAACAUAUUGCAUAUGGCAGGGAUUAUAGAACAUUCCACUCCCGUUAACCAAAUUCCUGGGGCAGCUUUACAAAUGCAAAGAGAGUUACAAUGGUUCAAGGAGGUAGGGAAAAUUGUCCAUCCCAAGGAUAAGAAAACAAAAAACAAAAAUGGUUUCACUCCCCAACAAUUGUUUACGAGGAACCACAAGAACAUGAUGAAAGAGGGAGAGAAAUGGAUGAAGGACACAGCAGGGUCAUGUACGGUGGUGGGUGCUCUCAUUAUUACCAUUAUGUUUGCAGUGACCUUUACCAUUCCAGGAGGUAACAACCAAGAUACGGGCCUGCCUAUUUUCUUGAAGAAAAGCUUGUUUGGGGUCUUUAUGAUAUCUGAUGCCUUAUCCUUCUUUUUAUCCUCGACUUCAGUCUUAAUGUUUUUGGGAAUCCUUACCUCACGUUAUACAGAAGAUGAUUUUCUUGAGUAUUUGCCAAGGCAGAUGAUAAUAGGCCUUUUCACUCUCUUUUGCUCUAUUGCGACCAUGAUGAUAACCUUUGCCAGUGCUCUUUUAAUCAUCCUACAUGAGCAGUUAAGGAUUUCAAUUCCUCUCAUUUGUUUGGGUGGUGUUCCAGUCAUCUUCUUCUUAUGGAUUCAGUUUCCCAUUCUUAAAGAUAUGGUCAUUUCAACCUAUGGGCCAAGCAUCUUCGACAAGAAAAUCAAACUGAAAUCAUAAAGCUGCAAUAGGAUAUCAUCAUGUAUAAUAUUUGUUGCACGAAUUAUUGCCAUAUCAGCCAAAACCGAACUUUUGUUCCCUUUUGUUGGGCCAAUAAUGACCAAUGGAUGGAUUUUCAACAUAGGUUUAUGAUCUUGCAUGUUUUAUGGUUAAUUGUUUUCGUCCUAUUAUCAUUAAUUUGUCAAUAAAUUAUUCAACUUUUUGUGA